AGACCAGUCACAAGACCUAAUAACGAAGCUGAAGUAAAAAGAUGGUUGGGCCAUUGGGCAUAAUCAAGCCCUCAUUUGGGACAGGCAGACCAGCGGGACGUCCGGCUAACAUAAGCAUUGACCAUUACUGCACCUCCUACAGACAGUCCUAUGGUAAGGAGUUAUUCCAGCCAUGUCUAGGCUAUCAUCAUGGGACGGGAUAUUCUGCCAACCACCGUCCCGUUCUGUACUACAGCUCCAGCCUGGAUCACUAUGAUAAUCCACAGUUUGGUUUCUCAUUGUUGGACAGUUUCGAGUCUCAGUCGAAGCGCCAUUACCAGCGUCUGGUUCAGCCUGACGGGACAGAGCCUUUGGCCUGCUCGGGGUCCAGACACAGAGAGAGCGGAUAUUUGCAGCUACAAUCUCAGCCAAGACCUAGAACAGCGUCCUGUCAGACUGAAUAUAAAGGCUCUUACAUUCCUCACAGCCCCACAGUUUUGGGUGCUUCAGAUCAGCGUGUUUUAAUAGGGCCCAUGGAAGACAGUGGAUACACUGAAGGAAACAAUCUACAAUUGAACACCUUCCUUCCUAAAUACAUCAACAUGGACGACGCUCGCAGGACACAGGAAAGUGUGAUGAGGACUGACUUCCUGACUGGAUCUUUUCUACAGGGUAGGGAAGCAUUACCAAAGCUUGCCUCCCAUUCAAAUCGAGAAACUGGAUUUACAAGAGACACAGAGAGGCCUUUGACCAGUUCAGCCUCUUUGCAUUAUGGCAUAAGUCAGGACAACAGACAGAAGUCCAGACCAAAUGUAGCUACAUGGUCCAUUGGGCCCGUGGGCUCAUCAGGAUUCGUCCUGAACGCCCCCAACAUCACCAGACUCUCACAAACACCAGCCGACCCGCAACACUUCCUCACACACUACCAAAGCAAGUUUUAUAACAAAUCAUUAACGGAGCAGCAAAGAUCAGACUGGAUGAGAGGAAGCAUACAGAAACACAGAAAGAGUGGGUACAGUGGACGCGACACAGAUAGGUUUAAUCUUAGUGGAUAUGAAGUCCUGGCUUCACAAUAAACCUCAAUUAUUGAUAUAAAUGCAG